AUGAGUUUCCUUCGACGCGACAAGUCCAAGAACAACUUGAAUGCUUCAGCGAUACAGAAUUCGACAGCAUAUGAUAUCGACAGGCCGCUUUCUCCCACGGCCAAUUUGACAACUAACCGGUCGCCAUUGCUCCGUAAAAACACGGAUACCUAUCUGCCGCGUUCUUCUAUCGUGUCUUUGCCAUCUGAAGGGCCACCGCUGGAUGUAGCUGACAGUGGGAACGAUAGUGUUUCCAGCUUGAAAGACAAUUACCGCGGCUUCCACGCCAACAGGCGGCCCAAAGCAAUUGCCAAUAUACCUCCGUUGUCGCAGCCAAUCAAGCCGCGGUUCAAGAAGAAGAGUGGCUCCCUUUUAGGUAAACUCAUCUAUUCGAGUCGUAAAGAUUCAGAUUCUUCAGCACACUCUGGCGAAACGACCAAAUCGGAGCCAAUCACGGAACACGAUCGAAAAAGUGCCAGCUCCGACACUGCAGAUACUGUCUCUAAACACAAGUUCAGAAUGCCGUCAAUUUCAUUAGAACACCACCACCACCAUCAUCAUCAUCCUCAUCACCCUUCUCUUGAACCCAAAGAGCUGGAUUCAGAUUCAGCUAAGGUGGUGGGAACAACGUUUGACUUAGAUAUGAACCUUGACGAAAUGCACGGGAUCAUCAAACUGCCGGAAGAUCCCAGAAACAAGAGCUCGUUUUCGGAUUCUUCCACCAACGCAGCUGAAGCCAUACACGAUGGCAGAGGCAACAUUGCUACUCAAAAAUCGCACAUCUCUGGACCCGCUGGUCCUGUUCCAGAGAGUAAGGCUGUGUGGAAGGCUCCUGACAGUUGGGAUGUUCAGCUCGACCAGAACAUGAACCCUAUACGAACAAUAGAUUUGGCACUUUCUGACUCUGACGAUACGGAUGAAAAGGAAGUCAAUGACGAUAUUCAUAACCAUCUUGAUGUGGAAAGACAGGAGUUCAGAAGAAUGUCUGACUUGCCAGUGCUAUAUGGUACCCGACAACUGUCUCAUAUAAUUCAAGGUGAGCUUGAUUCAAAAACGGGAAAACCCCCUAACCAUAUUGUUCGUGUUUUUAGAGAGGACAACACAUUCACAACCAUCUUGUGUUCUUUAGAAACUACGACAGCCGAAUUGUUGGCAAUUGCCCAACGUAAGUUCUUCUUGGAAUCUAUCUCCAACUACCAGAUUUCGGUUUAUAUUGGCAAUUGUGUCAAGGUAUUGGAACCGUUCGAAAAACCACUAAAAAUCCAAUUGGGCUUGCUAUUGUUGAGUGGUUAUACAGAUAAUGAUAACUUGAAGAUAAUUGGAAGAGAAGAUUUAUCGUAUUUGUGCAAGUUUGUGGUUGAAAAUAUAAACUUAAGAAACUUGACCCAUGAAGAAGAAACUAUGUUGUCGAGAGACUACGUCGACGUCAACAUAGCUGGCCUAAACUUGAAGAACAUACCCAUAAUCUUCCAUCAACACACCUACGAAAUAGAAAAAUUGAAUGUGGCCGACAACCCAUCAAUAUAUAUUCCACUUGACUUCAUCCAAUCGUGCAAUAACUUGAUUAGCAUCAACUUCUCCAAGAAUGGCUGUUCUAAGUUUCCUUUGAAUUUCCUUGAAGCCAAAAAGUUGACCCACCUUGACAUGGAGAAAAAUUUCUUGGACGAUUUACCAUCCAAAUUCAGUCACUUAAAGAACUUGACUCAUUUAAAAUUGAACUCUAAUCAAUUGACUACUUUGCCUAAAUCCUUUUCAAGAUUGAAGAACUUGGAAGUCUUAAACUUAUCAUCCAACUAUUUCAGCGUAUAUCCAGAGUCUAUCUCCGAAUUAAGCAAUUUGAAAGAUUUGGACAUGUCCUACAAUGAUUUGGCGAGUUUACCAGAAUCCAUCAACAAGUUGACAAACUUAUCAAAGUUGAAUCUUUGCACAAACAAGUUGAGUAAGUCGCUUCCGGAUUAUUUUGCUAAAAUGACAGCAUUGAAAAGAUUAGAUAUUCGUUAUAACCUCCUUUCCAACGUCGAUGUAUUGGGUUCUUUGCCUAAUUUGGAAGUAGCCUAUUUCUCGAAGAACAAUGUGUCAGCUUUCGUUGACCAGAUGGAGAACAUGAGAUUGCUUCACUUUGAUAGAAACCCCAUCACAUCCUUGCAUUUUGACAAUAUGCUUCAAUAUCUAACUAUAGUGGACUUGUCCAAAGCCAAAAUUACGUCUAUUCCUGACGAGUUCAUAACUAAAAUUCCAAACAUCGAGAAAUUUGUGUUAGAUAAGAACCAUUUGGUUACUUUGCCCAAUGAAUUAGGGAAUUUGCAAAAGUUGGCGUCGUUAUCCGUUUUUGGAAAUAACUUACUGUCUUUGCCAUCUACUAUCGGAAAAUUGUCGUCCUUGCAAAUCUUGGAUAUACAUUCAAAUAAUUUGCAAUCUUUGCCUGAUGAUAUCUGGCUCUUGAAGUCAUUGUCGGUAUUAAAUGUUUCUUCGAACAUUUUGAGCUCUUUCCCUAAGCCUCCCAUAUCAGUUGCCAAGAGAGUGUCUUCUACGAAUCGCUUACUAGUUUUGACGCUAGCAGAUAAUAGAUUGGGCGAUGACUGUUUUGAGUCCAUUUCAUUUUUGGUUUCGUUGAAGUCGUUGAAUUUGUCGUAUAACGAUAUUCUUGAAAUCCCUGAAGGUGCAAUGCGAAGAUUAACUCGUUUGACAGAAGUUUAUUUAUCAGGAAAUGAAAUUGCGACAUUGCCAGCAGAUGAUUUGGAAAACUUAAAGGCAUUGAAACUCUUAUUCGUCAACAAUAACAAAUUGGUCUCUUUGCCAGCUGAAUUGAGUAAACUCACCAAUUUACAACAUUUGGAUGUUGGUUCUAAUCAAUUGAAGUACAACAUCUCCAAUUGGCCGUACGAUUGGAGUUGGCACUGGAACAAGAACUUGAAAUAUUUGAAUUUCUCCGGUAACAAGAGAUUUGAAAUCAAACUGAGUCAUGUAAAGAACCAAGAAACAGGUGAAUUCUUUGACAGUUUGUUGGUGUUGAAAAACUUGAAGGUGUUGGGACUAAUUGAUGUUACUUUGACUACUACUGCAGUUCCAGACCAGAGCACUGAAAUGCGUAUCCGUACAACAUCGUCUGAAUUAGACAACAUCGGCUACGGUGUUUCCGACUCUAUGGGUUUGAGAGAAUUUGUUUCUAGCCGAGAUGUCUUUAUCCAGAAAUUCAGAGGCAAUGAAAACGAAGUGCUUAUUUGUACCUUUGAUGGUAAGAGAGGUGCACCAAACCAAGGUCAUAGAGUCUCAUCUUUGGCGAAAAAUCUCUUUGUAUCACAUUUCACUCACGAGCUAGAAAAGGUUAAGUCUGAUGAAGAAAUUAACGAUGCUCUUCGCAGAACUUUCCUUUCGCUUAACAAGGAGAUUAAUGGAAUCCUUGCAGCCAAGAAAUGCAACUCAUUUGCUGCCACCCCUCAGAUGUUGAAAGAAGCCGUCGAUUUGAAUCUUGCUGACGAUGGAAGAGCCGGUUGUUCUGUGACUGUCAUCUACAUCAAGGACAAAAAAUUGUACACUGCCAAUUGUGGAGACACUGCAGCCAUUUUGUCUCGUAAUAACGGUGACCAUGUACUUCUUACCAAUAGACACGAUCCUACAAGUCGUAGUGAAUUCGAAAGAAUUAGAGCUUCAGGUGGAUAUGUCUCUGGCGAUGGUGCUUUGGAUGGAGAUUUGCCUGUUGCUCGUGGUGUUGGGUUCUUCAACUAUUUGCCACAUACACACAGUGGUCCUGAUAUUUCGUCAAUUUCGUUAACUGCUGCUGAUGAUAUGAUUGUUGUAGCUAACAAGAUCAUGUGGGACUACAUUUCAUAUGAACUUGCAGUUGAUAUUUUAAGACAGGAAAAGGACGAUCCAAUGUUGGCCGCACAGAAAUUGAGAGAUUAUGCUAUCUGCUACGGAGCAACAGAUAAGAUUGCCGUUAUUGUGAUAACUCUUGGUGAGCAGAAAUCAAACAGGCUGAAAUUUGGUUCAAACGGGUUGUACAACAAUCUUGGAAGAGAGUCUGAUGUGAUUGCUAAGAAGAGAAGAGAUAGAGUAGCCACAACUGGUGAUUCAUCUUUAAGACGUCUUGACGAUGAGAUUGAGCCCCCGGUAGGAGAAUUGGCUUUAGUUUUUACCGAUAUCAAAAAUUCCACCUUGUUAUGGGACGCCUAUCCAGUUCCAAUGAGAUCCGCUAUCAAGACUCACAAUUCGAUAAUGCGUCGUCAGUUGAGAAUUGUAGGUGGUUAUGAAGUCAAGACCGAAGGUGAUGCGUUCAUGGUGUCCUUCCCUUCGCCCACAUCUGCCUUGCUCUGGUGUUUCAAUGUGCAGCAGAACUUGUUAACUGCAGACUGGCCCUCAGAAAUUUUGGAAACGGACCAAUGUUGCGAGGUCACUGAUGGUAAAGGUCAGGUCAUUUUCAGAGGUUUGUCGGUUCGUAUGGGUAUACAUUGGGGUUCGCCAGUAUGUGAAACCGAUGUGGUGACAGGAAGAAUGGACUACUUUGGGCCAAUGGUGAAUAGAGCUUCGCGUAUCAGUGCUGUAGCAGACGGUGGUCAAAUUGCUGUUAGUUCAGACUUCUUGGAUGAAUUCGAUGCUUUGCACAAGAUUCACGAAGAAAUUAGUGAAGGAAAGAUGACAUUAUUCGAUGCUUAUCAAGGUAACCCUCGUGCUGGUGAGAUCAUUGAACGAGAAAUCGCAUCGAUUGAGGACAAUGGUUACCAUUACUUCAAAUUGGGAGAAAGAAAGUUGAAGGGCUUGGAAACCCCUGAACCAAUCACAUUGGUAUACACUUCCAAACUUAAGAUUAGAUUUGAGAUUUUCGAGAAGCGGAUGUCACAGAAUCAAGAAUUCAAUUUGAGUACCAGAGUUGUCGGUGCCUUGCCUGUCGAUAGUAUUUAUGGUUUAAGAACGAUUUCCUUGAGAUUGGAAAACAUCUGUUCUGGCCUCAACGGAGGCUCAUUUGUUAAUGAGGGAUUCCUGAAUUCUUCGGGAGUUAUUUCUGAAAAGAUGAAUACUACCUUCAAGGAAGGUGAUUUAAUUGCGCUAUUGAAUCACAUUGUCACCAGAAUAGAAAGUUGUGUUACCACCUUAUACCUUAGACAACAGAUGAGUAUUGCCCAUGGAGAGGAAGGUGUUCUCGAUAUCAAAAGCGGUAAAUCGCUAAACAUGGUGAUGGACGACGUUGCCCUUUUAGUUCGGGCAUAUCGCGAGAUGUUGAAGAUUGGUGGCCGUGGUGAAGAGAAACAUGGCUACAUAGAGAAUCUUGGUUAAAAAAAAAUGAACAGUAAAUAUAGUGUAUUAUAGUUAAUUUAAAAGGACGUUUCUG